AUGCUUCCGCAGAAAGCGCCCAAAAAUGCGUCUGCCGCCGCCGCAGAUCUGGUCGAAGGCCGCGACCAUAUCAGCAACCUCCCGGACGGCGUGCUGCAGCACAUUCUCUCCUUCCUGCCGGCGCAGGACGUCGUGCGGACAUGUCUGCUCGCCAAGCGCUGGCGCCACAUGUGGGAGUCCACCACCGUCCUGCGCUUCGUGUGCGGCGGAUUGAAGGAACCAGGGUCCGUAGAGGAGAUUAAGGAGUUCGUGGACCAUCUGCUGCGCCUGCGCAUCCGCGGAGGCACGCCGCUCGACACCUGCGAUUUCCGUUUCCAUCUCGACGAGAAUAAAGAUUUCGACAUGAGCCGAAUCGUGCUUUGGAUCCGUAUAUCUCUCCAGUGCAAAGUCCGGGUGCUCCAGUUCAUCUUUGUGGGCGAUAAUUAUCAGGACAUUCUUCCUCAAGAUGACCAUCCCUUCUUUAUCUCCCAAUACCUGAAGAAGCUAGAGCUUGAAAAUUUCAACGAAAUGGUGCCCAGAUUCCUUGACUUCUCCUGCUGCCCAUUUUUGGAAGACCUUGAGAUUGUUUACUGUGCCCUAGCGCGUCCUAAACUCAUCUCGUCACAAUCCCUCAAGCGUCUAACCAUCAAGCGUGUGCCUGAUGGCAUCCUCGAUCGAACGACCGGCAGGAUGCUUCCGCGGAAAGCGCCCAAAAUUGCGUCGGCCGCCGCCGCAGCUCCGGUCGAAGGCCGCGACCACAUGAGCAACCUCCCGGACGGCGUGCUGCAGCACAUACUCUCCUUCUUGCCGGCGCAGGACGUCGUGCGGACAUGUGUGCUCGCCAAGCGCUGGCGCCACUUGUGGGAGUCCAGCACCGUCCUGCGUUUCGUGUGCGGCGGAUUGAAGGAACCAGGGUUCGUAGACGAGAUUCAGGAGUUCGUGGACCAUCUGCUGCGCCUCCGCAUCCACGGAGGCACACCGCUCGACACGUGCGAGUUCCGUCUCGACGAGUACUGUCGCACCGCCGCCAUGGCUCGCUUUAUCCUUUGGAUCCAUAUAGCUCUCCAGUGCAAAGUCCGGGUGCUCCGGCUUAACUAUUCGGGCCAAUUUCCUUCUCUCGAUGGCCAUCCUUUCUUCAUCUCCCAAUACCUGAAGAAGCUAGAGCUUGAAGGACUUGACACAUUGCCCAACAGAUUGCUUGACUUCUCAUGCUGCCCGAAUUUGGAAGACCUUGAGGUUGAUGACUGCAACCUAGGGGAUCUCUUACUCAUCUCGUCACAAUCCCUAAAGCAUCUAACCAUCCAGUGUUGCUAA